GCCGAGAGGUCGUAUGAUAGGAGAAGACGGCGAGCCCCCACCUUGCCCACCCACACCCCUCCCAGGCGGGUCGCGCUGCCAUUGGUUGCAGCCGGAAGCCGGCUGCACUCUCAUUGGCUGUCGGCAUCGGCCGUUGGGCUGCCGGGCCGGCCGGCGGUGCCGGCAGCCGUGGAGGCGGAGGAGGUGAAGGCUCGUGGACAAAGGCGGAAAGCAAAUGGAUCUCCUGCCGAACUCAGCACCCCUGGCCACCAAGCUGCGGAACACCCUGGUUCAGUACCACAGCAUUGGAGACAGCGAGUGGCGGGUCGCCAAGAAAACCAAAGAUGCAACUGUGUGGCGUAAACCAUCAGAGGAAUUCAGUGGAUACCUCUACAAAGCUCAAGGAGUGGUGGAAGAUGUUACUAACAGAAUAGUGGAUCAUAUUCGCCCUGGACCUUAUAGGCUAGAUUGGGACAGCUUAAUGACUACAAUGGACAUCAUGGAAACGUUUGAUGAGAACUGCUGUGUGAUGCGCUACACCACUGCUGGCCAGCUCUGGAACAUCGUAGCACCAAGGGAGUUUGUUGAUUUCUCGUAUACUACAAGCUAUGAAGAUGGGCUUUUAACAUGUGGUAUAAGCCUAGACUAUGGAGAGGUGAGACCUAACUUUGUCCGUGGAUUCAAUCACCCUUGCGGUUGGUUCUGUAUCCCUCUUAACGACUAUCCUAGCCACAGUCUUUUAACAGGCUAUAUUCAGACUGAACUGCGAGGGAUGCUACCACGAUCUGCAGUGGAGACUGCCAUGUCUAGUACCCUGGCCAAUUUCUACUCUGACCUCAAAAAGGCACUGAAAACAUAGACAAACAGUGACUUAAGAGCCCGUGCAUUUCUUGCAAUCAAAUGCUAUUGUUUAGCUUAGCAUAGGUUAGCUACUGAGUUAUGAAGUAACAUUGUUCCUGAAUGAUACCUGAACCCCUAUAUAUUCCCUAUAUAUUGAGGGAUCCAAACAACUUUACAAAGUACUUUUUAAUGUGGUACUUAGCAUAUGUUCCUAAUUCAUAGUGUGAGAUUCUGUUUCCUGCUCAGCAGUGUGCAGCUGUGUGAGUAGUCGUCUGAAUCCAUAAACCUCUGGCUUUUUAGGUAGAAAACACAAAGAUGGAGGGCUUGAAAAAUGCAGCAUGAACUCAGCUCUAUUCAAGAGUAUUGAGAGUGGAGUGCUCAGGAUUUUGCUGGCACAGGUUGCUGUACAGGCAGCAUCUCAUUGAAGGUGUGAUUUUGUAAUAUAUUUUUAUAUUUACUUAAACUUUUUGAUUUAUUUAGUUUGUACAGGUGCAUCUGUAAUUUGUUUUACAAAUUCAAUUUAUCAUAGGGAUAUUACAUAGUUAUUAAAUGAUACUAUUUGUAAGAAAGCUUUUCGCUCUUGUUAGCAAAAAUAAGUAUUCAUUAUUGGCAUUUCUUCAGUGUUGUAACUGUAACUUAUUUAACUGUUGUAUAUAACAGUCUCAGUGCAUAGGUAAAGAAAUGCCCUUACAGCUGAUCCAAAGCUCAUAUAAGUCAUCCAGUGUAUUUCCAUAGUUUUUAGUGGGCUUCUAAUCACACGAUUGUCAAAAUAGCAAGCCUCUGAUUAAUCUCUACAGUGUGAUACUCUGCACUUCUAAAACACUUUUUACUUAAAUUUUCAUGUAAUUGUGUUUUGUGGUUUUCUUGUGGUUUUGUUGGGUUUUGUUUUGGGGUUUGUUUUUUUUUUUUGUCUUCCUUAACUUUUAACUUCCUUAAUCCUGGAAUUACUAAAACAACAGAAAGGAUGACUAGCUUGCUUCAGGUAUAGGCGUUGGUGUAGCCACAAUAGCACAGACUGGUGCAGUGCACUGGAGUGUUCUGUGGUAAUGCCCCUAAAUUAAUCUUUGCAAAAACUGAAAUCAGCAUCUGAAAACAUAAGCACUGAAGGCCAAAGCUCAAGCUGAGAAUUGCUCAGACCCUCUGGAGGAUGGAAGGUCAAAUUUUUAAGAAUAUUUAGCUGCCCAAUGAUGCUGACAGGUACGUAGCAGGGGCUUUCAAAAGACUAUCUACUGUCGGUGGUGCUAGGAACCCAAAUUCUCUUUAAAACCUGAGAUUAAGCUUUUAAUGUGGGUAUGCAUCGUUUGCUCAGAUGAGAUUGUAAUUAUCCCUAUGCUUUACCAGAGCUAGUAGAGGCAGGUUUAGCAUAGUAAUUAGGGGAGGUACCUUGGAGCCCCAAUGUAUUGUGGCCAGGUGUAUACAUACAAUCCAAGGACUGGUAAUGAACUCUCAGGAAAAAAAUGUUCAGAUUAAAAUUGUUCCCCUGCAAUAUUGUCCCUGUUGACACUGGCCACUGUAGCUGAAUGCUGAACUCUGAACAGUGAGGACUUUUCUUACUGCUCAAGCAUGCUCAUGUUGUAGAAAACACGUGUAUUCUGCAGUUCCCUUUAAGCUCCUUAGUUACUCUUUUCAUCUUUUCAACCUUCCGUGUUUCUGCCCACAGUACUGGAAAUUCACAAGUUGAUCUUUUACUAGCAAGGACACUAAGGAAUCGGUGUCAGCAGACAUUCUGUUUCCUAAAAUACUAGCGUCCACUCCUUUCUCAUACUGUUAGAGAGGCAAGUACGAAAGCCUUAGCAAUAUUGCUGUGUGGUAUGAAUGCUGACAUGAUUAGAGAGGAAGCUGUUUGAAGGGUACCCUAUUUAUUCUUUCCAGUUAUAAAGACUACAUGUAUAGUGAAUCUACAUAUUCAUGUUUUUUUUUUUUUUUUUAAACUGCUGGGACCAACUAAUGGAAGGGUUGUGAUACAGAUGUAUGUAUAGAAAAAAUAUUCCAUUGCUCUGUAAAAAGCCCAGUUUAAGUCUACACGGAGGCCCUUCAGUGCUGGAGAAAUAGGUUGAAAGGAGCACAAGACACUUUUAGGAUGAUGCUAGUACAACAGUAGGCACUGCAGAAAAGAUUAAGAGGUCCCUGUUCCAAACAUGCUUUCUAAGGGCUCUAACACCUCUAGAGUAUCUAUCCUUACUUAGCGUUCAGUGAAAUGGCAUUUUAUGCUUUCAUUGAAGAUAGGCUAAUGAAGCACAGAACAGCUAAAGAAAGAACUUAUGUUUAAAUGGAAGAAAAUUGCUAGUGUAUUUUAAGUACGAUGAUGUUUUUAAUAAAAUUUUCUCCAUGCAGGUUUCCUUUUCAGGAGGCUUUUUUAGUAGCAGGCCUAGAAAUGGAAAGAUUUUGUGAAUGAGAGUAAAGUUUCUGAAAGCAAAGUAGGCCUUCUAAUUUGCAUCAUAGUACUUUAGUCCCUAAACACCGAUUGAACCGGCUUUGUAUGUUUUAACAGACAUAGUCUAUUGUUGCUGCCAGUGAUUCCAAACUUUCAAGUGAAUAACAGAGUAGAGACUGCUGGAGAGAGAGAACUGAGGCAGAUUAUUAUUUUUUUUUUUAAUCAGUAAAAGAGCAUUGUACAAUUCUGCAGUUUUCAGAUGAGAAGGAAUCAUUAAAGGUGCUAAAAGAUUUUAAGGAUUUAUUUUGGGAAUCUCACCCUUAUAAUUUCUUUUCUGAUUUGAGUGCAGUGAUUGACAAUGUGUGCUGAUUAUGCUGCUGAAUCAGUGCAUAGUUGAUACCCUACAGUCAUUCCAAGCAGUUGAGCUAUAGAGUAAUACAUAACAAGAAAGAUGUCCAGUUUCAGUGUGUUGUAUUUAUUUGAAACCAAAACUUAUUUUUAUAUACCUGAGGAUUGAGAGGAGUGCUAGAUCUGGAAGCAGAGCUGUUCUUUAACCAGAGCACAGUCAGAACCAAGAAAGCCACAAAAUCAAGUACUUACCCCAUGAGAACUUAUUUUCCCACUAUGGCAUUGUUAUUCUCCUAAGUUAGUGGACAAUCUAGAUGGAGCCAAGACAGUAAGAACAGGAAAGCAGUUGAAAGGACAAAGCACAUGAGCCAAUGUUUUGCUUAUUAGGAGAUAGUGGGAGAUAAAGUAAAUUACCUAGUAUAGAUUUCUGUUAUCCUCACAGCAGCAGAAUUUCUGCAAGAUUGUGAGGUUCACCAGUACUUGAAUUUAAAAAUGUUUUAGUUAAACUGAAAUACAGUUAUCCGAAAGCGACUUCUGAAUGAGGUGCCCAAGAAUAGCAGAGACCAGUUUUUGCUAGGGAAAUGGCAUGUAUAUAGACACAUGAAAAUUAUUUUUAUAUGGCUAGUAUUUUUGGGGAAAAGAAAAAGAAACCAAAAAACCCCCAAAAAACCUCACUUUUGAGGGAUUUAGUCAAUAUGGCAGUCUAAUCUUUGGCACUUUAACUGGGUGCGCUCAGUUGGAUGGGAAAGAUGGCUAAAGAUGAGGCAAUUUUCAUGUUUGGCUUCUGUUCCUCAUCCAGAACUUCCAGCAUUAAACCUUGCUUUUAGUUGUGCUCCUUACUUGACAUCUGCAGAGUCUGGACUAAGCUCAAUUUGGGGCAGUCCAGUGUGCUGGGGCUGGGAGAUGGACCAGUACUUCAGAUAGAUGCUCUGGGAAUGGCACAAAUCCUGAUCUCAAAUUUGCUUAGUGUAUAAACAUGGAAUAUGAUGAAUUUAUAAAAUAUGAAAAGAGUGGUGAUUCCUACAAUAAUCAUAAAUAACCAGAACUGUUUUGGUGGUGUGAGCUGGUGAUUCAGCAUAGGAGGUUCACUGCUGUAAAAGUAGUCGUAAUUCUAGCGAAACUGGUAAAGUUGUGUCUAUGUUCAGAAUGUCAUAGUCUAUCUUAACAGUGGUUUUAACUGACUGUGUUCAGCACUUAAGAGAUUGUAUUUAUAUUUUGAAUGCAGUUGCAGAAUAAAUUAAAACAUGGAUUCCAACAGA